AUGGCGGACAAAAUCGUCGAAGCCCCAACUUGCUCUGUUGGAGAGUUUUUGAACACUUCCUUUGAUUAUAUCGUGUGCGGGGGUGGAACUGCAGGAUGUACGAUUGCCGCCAGACUGAGCGAGAUUCCUCAUGUGACGGUCGGUUUGAUUGAGGCGGGCAAGAGUCGACUCGGGGAUCCGUUGGUUGAUAUACCUGCGAUGUUUGGAGAGCAGUUUCAAAAUCCGGAAUAUGAUUGGUGCAUUUUUAGUGAGCCGCAGGUGAGGUUGAGAAUCAUGUCGAAGUUUUAUUGGACUGUCGCGAAGAAAGGAAAUCGUGAUAGGGUUCACCAAAUUCCUCGUGGCAAAUAUUUAGGUGGCUCCAGUGGCAUGAACGUUAUGGUGUAUGUGCGAGGCUCAAUGCAGGAUUAUGACAAUUGGGCUUCUCUUGUCGGCGAUGAUGGUUGGGCUGCGACUUCUAUGCAACGAUACAUGCGCAAACAUCAGACCUUCGAGCCCGCUGAGGCAGAUUUGGACCGAUCCCUCAACUACCAUGAAGAAUUCCAUGGCACGGAUGGUCCAAUUCAUACAAGUUUCAACGAGGGAGCACUACCAAUUGAAUUCGACUUCCUGAAAGCAUGCGAGGAAACGACCGGUAUAACCAAGAAGGCCAUUGAUCCCUGGUCUGGAGAUCACCUGGGAAUUCACCACGUGCUGGCAACUAUUACAAGGAAGGGCCCAAACAAGGGGAAAAGAAGUUAUGCCGCGAGAGAAUAUUAUGCGCCAAACCACACUCGCCCAAACCUGAAAGUACUCUGCCAAGCCCGGGUCAACAAAGUCUUACUGGACGACGACAACAAGGUUACCGGUGUAAGCAUCACUCACCGCGAGAAAGAUUAUGAAGUUAGGGUCACCCGUGAGGUAAUCCUAUCCACCGGUACCGUUUUCUCGCCUCACAUCUUGGAAUUGUCGGGUAUCGGUGACCCAGCUGUUCUCAAAGCAGCCGGAAUCCCAUGCAAGGUUGAUAAUGCUGCCAUUGGAGCGAAUCUGCAAGACCAUGCUAUUUCAUUCAUGACUUGGGACGUAAAACCCAAUAUUAUGACUGGUGACGUUAUGCGAUUAGUCCCCGAAGCUAUGCCGGCUGCCAUCAAGCAGUAUGCAGAGACUAAAGACGGGCCUCUGGCGGCUAUUCCGAACAUCAUGGGCUUUUAUUCGGCGAAGAGUCUCCUCUCUGAUACGGAACUGCAGACGGUCAUACAAAGCAUCAGGGAUAUCAAGCCCACGACUGAAUUCCACGCAAAGCAACUGCAGCAAGUCAUUGAAAAUCUCAAUGACGAGAAAUCUUCCAACUUGCAGAUAGUUCUCGUGCCAGCGAUGAUGAACCCAGCAGGUGAUCCUAAAAACCAUGCAAAUUUAUUCUCGCCACCUGCAAAUCAGGAGAAGAGUGGUGUUACCGGAGUCGUUGGAAUACAGAAUCCCGUUUCUCGCGGCUAUAUUCACGUUCAGUCAUCUGAUCCUGCGCAGCAGCCGAUUAUCCAGCCAAACUGGCUCAAUCACGAAGCAGACGCCGCUAUCCUUGCCGCUGGAAUACGUUUGCUGGACAACGUGGGCCAAUCGAAUCGUCUUCAGCCUUCGAUCUCCAGCAGGGUGUUUCCUCCUCCGCAGGUGGACUUGCAGAGCCUUGGAGGGGCCAAGAACCAAGCGCAUGAUUGUGUCUUUUCAAUGUAUCAUCUCUGUGGCACAGUCGCGUUAGGUGAAGCCUUGGACUCGCACCUGCGUGUUAAAGGCGUGCGAGGACUUCGCGUCGCUGAUGCUUCGAUAUUCCCCAAUAACGUCAGCGGUAAUAUCCAGGCUACUGUCUAUGCGGUCGCUGAGAAAGCGGCCGAUUUGAUUAAAGAGGAUUUAGUCGUUGAGAAUAGGCCGCGUCAGAUGAAGAUAUGA